AUGGGUACAGAAGUGUAUUGUGGAUCUGUUCCUGUGAGCUAUUUUGACCCCUUUGAUCUAUUCGAGAGUCUAAAACCUGAGUUUCAGCAUAUUUUGCCAUUGGACAAUAUACAUUGGAAAGCAUUUGAUGGGACUGUACGGACGGUGAACAAGCUUCCAAUUGAAUUAAUUCCGGAGGAUAGAGGAGAUGGAGACAAGACUAGUAAUGAACAACCCUUUAUCAGAUUCCUUAUAGUGAAUUGUAUUUCUAUUGACCAAUAUAGAGCAAAAGUACGGCCUCUGGUAAGGCAGUGGCUACCAAAUCUGGAAUCGGUAUCGCCAUCGACAGGCGAAAAGCCGAUCUACAAACCAAUUAUUCUACUGUAUGCCAAUUCCGAAGUGGUAGAUUCUAAUUUAUUCAAAUCGGUUUCUUUGAUGGAGAAAUUUGGUAAAGAUUUUCCACAUAUUCAAACUUUGGAAGUUCGCUCAGUUUAUAGAUCCCCCAAAGAUAGACAGGAUUUCUGGAACCAAUUUAGCCAACAAAUAAAAGCUUCCGUGUUGGGAAUCUUUCAGCAGCGUUUAACGCAUUUACAACUUUUAUUAACUAAUUUACGGAAAGGAAAUGAUUUUGAAGAACAGCUUUUGACAAGAGAAAAAUUGUAUGAGUUAUAUGUCGCAUUCAAUAUCCUAGAAGAUGCCAAUCUAGAACUACAGAAAAUUAAAAAUCAAAUACUUCACAGGAAUAUGAAUAUGCCGGAUGGCAAACUUCAAGUACCUUUUGAUUCUUCCUGUGAGUCAGAUGAAUCUUUGGGGUCUAUACUAAUUGAGGGUACCCUUGAUAAGUUUCAAUUGCAUAAAUAUUUCUUCAUUAGAAGAUUAAGACUUUUGAGACUAGAAGAACGGACACUAACAGCGUUUGUGGGUGCAUAUCACUUAAUUAAGAACUUUGUUGAAUCCAUCUCAAUAGAGUAUAAAAAGUCUGUGAUAUUACUGGAAUUCAAGCAUUAUUUCUUGAAUUCCAUGUUAGCAUAUUUUCCAACUGAAAAUGAUUCAAAUCCGAUAUUUUGUGAGGUUAGAGCCGAAUUGUUGAUGUUAAAACGCGACAACUGGAUGCAAGGUGUUAUGGCGACAACUAAUUACAAACUAAUGCACAUAUCUUACCCUAGUACUGAUGUACCAUAUAAAUUCGAUCAACUAAAGGAAACGUUUUCUGAUGAAAUGGUCUUUCAAGAAAACUUCCUUAAUCUUACUAAGGAAGCCCUUUCCCUUUUUAGCAAAUGUAAAGGAAAGCGCCAAAGGAUAGUGGAUAUUUUAUCCAUUGAAAUUGGAUUUCUUCACUAUCAAAAAAAAGAAUACGGGCAAGCUGUUUCGCUCUUCCUCUCAUGUUAUGAAUAUUACACUCAAACGAACUGGAAUAACAUCGGUUUCAAAAUAUUGCAAGUCUUUAUUGAUUCUUUAAGCCAUUGCCCCGAGUUAAAUAUCUUAGUAAUUGAUGGAGAAUCGAUUUCUGCAUCAACAAUUCUAAGUAAUGCAUUUCUGAAUAUCCUUAAGCUGUGCAAAAAUGAUAAAGAUAAGGAACUCUGGUGGAAAAAGUUCAUGGAUUUACAAAUAAAGAAUAGUGUUGACCUACUUUAUCCUUUGGAUGGUUUGUUUGAAGUAAUUUAUAUUCCUAAAGUUCAUCUCACAAGAGCAAAUGUUAAUGGGAUCAAGGUUCGCUUAACAAAUUAUGGAUUCCCUGAGGAUAUCAAUACAAAGACCAUGAAAUUGACUCUGAAAAAUGUAAGGGAAGACCUAAUAGUGUUUGAAGCUGGUAGUGUUCUUUUGAAGAAAGGUCAAAACGAACCAAUACUGGAGUGUAAAAACAUCAUGUACGGUGAAUUUUUUCCUUUGUCUUUCGAGAUUACUGUCGGGGGAAUUACUUUUGUGAAAGAUUUCUCAGGAACUCAAGAUGAGAUUAUUGUGAUUCCAGAAAUAUACUUCAAGGAAAACACUAAGGUUCAGGUGAAGCAAGCACAUGACUUGAACUUGGGAGAGUACGCGCUUGAGGUGACGAGUGUGUGCUCUGAUGCCUUGAAGUCAUUGCAAGUCGAGAUUGAAGUGCAAAAAAAUGGCGAUAACGUGAAAAAUGCACCCAUUAGUUUCUCCAUGGACGAAAUUCAAGUAAGGAAGAGAUUUAAUAACUUGUUCGAGAGCACCAGACUAGAAUACUACUUGUUGGAUCAAAUAACUUCUUUCGAUUUAACAGUCAGAUCGUCGUUCACCAAAGAAAACGAACAAGGUGUCUUUAGCGAGAUUAAAAAGGUCCAUGUCGAGUGUUAUUUACAACUAUCAGUUUCGGUGGAAGACAUUUUCAAAAAAGAUAUAUUUUUUUUCAAAUUUCUUUUAAACUCUUCCACAAGGGAAGAACCGGUAAUUUUGUACAGCUCACAAUUAUCUGCUCCAGAUACACGAGAUGAUUACAAAAUAGGUGGUGACUAUAUCACCACGACACCUGAACUAAUUACCUUUGAUGGAAAUGAGAGUUUUAUUAAUUUCUAUCAAAUAACAGCCAAUGGUAAUUUCGAUUCGAAAGACGUUUUCAGCCUGAAGGUCAGGUAUAAUACAUUGAAAGAGCAGUUAGAUUGCUUUAUUACAGACAGUGUGCUUAUUGAAGGUGAUGUGGAAUGGUUUGUUAAGUUUGAAAAAUGGAAAACGUUUUGGGAAUUCGAGAUCCUCAAAAAGUUAAAAUAUGAUUAUGAUACAUUUAAAGAGAAUAGAAUAAUUGGAUUAACGAAGGCUUCGGUAGACCUGAAUAAGAUUAAGUCAAGUUUACUAAAACUAUCGAUUGAAAAGACGGUUCUCGAUAAGAUGUUAACAUGUCUGAAUAAAGUAAGCAGGGGAAUCACAGUAUGUAAUACUGACAUAGAUGAGUAUGUGAGGAAUCUGGUACCGAAACAAUUGACUGUUCCAGUACAAUUACCAGGUUUUGAACAAUUCUUCUGUGUACAAUUCAAGUCAACAAACGCUGGAGGUGAUACGCCCCAUGACGUUAUGGUUAAUAUAGGAAGUCCAAUUUCCUAUGCUGUACUUGUGGAAAAUCUCAGUGAACAAUGGGGACUAGAUAUCAUAAAGGAUGGAGAAUAUAUCUUUGAAAUAUUGAGUAGUAAUGAAUGGUUAAUUCAUGGGCAAAAACGCUGUGCAAUAAAAGAGAGACAAAUGGAGCUUCAGGUUUAUUUAAUUCCUCUGAAAAAGGGCUAUCUAAAUUUUCCACAUGUUGAAAUCACGAAUUUAAGUGGUAAAAGCUGUAGGAUUGACCAUUCAAAUGCAUUUGAGUCAAUUUUGGUCUUUUAA